CGUCAAGCCCCGAAUGAACGGUCACUAAAUUUUCAGCGCUUCCAGGUCUGACAAGACUCUUCUGCAAGUUUCUCAAGCAUAUUUACUGGCAUCGGGUCGGCACGUGCAAACAAGCGCUGAUACGACGUUCGCGUCCCAGGGCUACUACUUGUUGCUCUCCCGUCAUCCAUUCACUCCUUACCCUUUCUUCCACUGACUCCCAUCGAUUUGAAGGACAAUGUCUGGAAAUACCCCUACCGUAGUCGCCUCCUCUGCUCCUCUCUACAUCUCCAAUAUUGUCAUCCGCCUUGAUGAUACUUCGAAGAAGAAGGUCGAUUUUGCCGAGUUGAAUAUCGAUUCACAGCGACAGAAGAUCCGCUACAUCUCGGAUCAAGACAGGGACCUUAGUAAAAAAUUCGACCCCGCCAUUCCGGUAACUACUGAGCAGGUUUCCUUAUCUGUGCACUGUUACCAUACUACGGGCUUGUUUCCGCGGAAGAUCGUCGUGAGUUUUCCAUUAACCAGAAAAGACAUCUUGGCCAAUAUAAUGGAUCACGACGGCCAACGAGUGUAUAAGGUGAUUCGGAGGAAGCUGACAGUCGUCAUUACAAUACGACAGCUGCAGUCGACUAGCAGCAGUAUUCUAGAGAUUUGCCCGAGAUUCCGGCUACUGGUAAUAGGGAAGACCGGAGUCGGAAAGUCAUCACUGAUUCAACAGGCAUUCAAAAUCAAAGAAGUAAAAGUUGAUGAAAACAAGCGUGGUGAAGCGGAUAUCAACGAGGAAUUCACUGCGCCAGAAAAUGAACGAUUUGUUGUCCAUGAUAGUCAGGGAUUUGAAGCUGGCGAUAGCAUGAUUUUCAAGACUGCAAAAGACUUCAUUGCCCGCCGCCGCACCGAGCCCGAAUUGCAGGACAAAAUCCACGCGGUCUGGCUCUGCCUCUCGAUACCUCAUGCCAAUGGACGUUUGCUUGAGAACGGAGUAGAGGAAUUUCUCAAAUCAAGGCAGGAAAUACUAGGCGAUAUUCCGAUCAUUGCUGUCUUCACCAAGCAUGACGUUUUUGUCAGCGAAUUGGAGCUCGAAGCUGCUGAUUCCGACCAAUAUGAUGAAGCCGCGCUCGACCAGCUCAAAGUUGACGAAUUGGAUAGACUGUGUAUCCGGCCGCUUAAGGAAGUAGCUGGGAGUGAUAUCUUGCACAUAACUGUUUCUGCGAAGCAAGAGUAUGAGAGCACCAUAAGAAAACUGGUCGAUCUUACAACCACGAACGUCGAAAAAUUUGUCGCCUCAGAAGCGGCAUUAGUAAUGAUGAUAGCCCAGCGAGUAGACAUCAAUCUUAAAGUUGAGGCAUCAAUUGCCGUCGGCAAGAAAAGAUAUUGGAGAGGUCUCGCUUCGAGCAUGAACUUCGCAGGCUUUACCAUGUUGGACUGCUUGUCUGUGAUUCACAAGGACAUCAUUGACGUUUGGAACUUCCACGACCCUCACUGUCACUUGUCCAGUGACCAGUUCAAAGAACUGAUACUAAAAGAUAUAGACAAUGCCGACCUUCCACGCGCAGCACAAGCUUUUGGAUUCGGCCUCACCGUGGUCGCGGCAAUUGCAUCGAUUUUGACAGCGCUGGCUGGCCCGGCCCUACCAAUUGUUGUGCCGAUUGCCGCAGGGGCGGUCUUGGCUAAAUUUGCUUAUGAUACCUAUCAACAGAAAACCAUUGUCUUGCGGCGGAUUAUGACAUACAUCGUGGAUUUAACAUGUAUCAUGCAGAUCUUGUUCCUGCUAGCACUGACAGGCCCUAUUUCUCGUCACGUUGUCAAAAUUGCCAUCAGAGCCUAUGAGGAGGCGGGCAAAAGCAAUGUUCACUUAGCCAUUCAAUCCCACCAUGUGUCUGUCAAUCGUAACGGAGGGGACCAUGCGCUGGAUGAGAUUGUUAGAUUGAUCAAUCGCUAUACUAUCAAAGCUGAAGAAGUCCAGGACCUAAGAACGAGGAUUGGGCCCGUGGAUUUGCGAGCAGACGAAGAGUGGUAGAUGUGUGCGGGCCUGCAUAUAUGACAGCGGUCAAUGAUUGUGGUCUGCAAAGUGUACCUUGUCCACCAAUAUGUGCAUGCAUGCAUUUACUUAUCUAUGUAUACGUCUGACCAAGGAAACUCGAGCCACGUAACUUAUCGAGGUCAUAUGAUGCGACACACACACAAACGAGAUGCACACACA